GGGGGGCGACGGGGAGAACUGGGGUCUCCAGAGCAGUUGCUCGCUUUGGGUGUUGUCUUCUCCUCCGUCUUCUUGUGUGGAGCCAUUUGACUCGCCACCGUCCCGUUAAGUCAAGUCGUCUGCCGAAUCCCCAUCAGCAUGGGCGUCGAGGGCUGCACCAAAUGUAUCAAGUACCUGCUCUUCUUCUUCAACUUCAUCUUUUGGCUGGCGGGCUGCGUCAUCCUGGGCGUGGCCUUGUGGCUGCGUCACGACCCGCAGACCAGCAGCCUGCUGGAGAUCAACUAUGAUGGACAGCAGGCGCCCAGCACCUUCUACAUCAGCGUGCACAUCCUGAUUGCGGUGGGCGCAGUGAUGAUGGUGGUGGGUUUCCUGGGAUGCUACGGCGCCAUCCAGGAGUCGCAAUGUCUGCUGGGAACGUUCUUUGCCUGCCUCGUCAUCCUGUUUGCCUGCGAGGUGGCGGCUGGGAUCUGGGGCUUCAUGCACAAGGACACCGUUUCCAAGGAGAUGAUCAACUACUACGACUCCAUCUACGACAAGGCCAUGACGCAGAGCGUCACCGCCGACACGGAGAAGAAGAGGGCGGUCGCCUCCGUGCUCAAAGUCUUCCACGAGACGCUGAGCUGCUGCGGCAAGGGUGAAGGCACGUCCAUUCUGACCCAAUUUACCGACAUGCUCGGCGUCACCGACCUCUGUCCCAGCUCUGGAACUUCUGUCAGCUGCCACACCCGCAUCACCGAAUUGUUCUCGGACAAGAUCUACCAGAUCGGCAUCGCCGCCCUGGUGGUCGCCAUCAUCAUGAUCUUUGCGAUGAUCUUCAGCAUGGUCCUGUGCUGCGGCAUCCGCAAUAGUCCCGUCUACUAGAAGCUCCUCCCCCUUUCCGGCCGUUCCUGCGAACAGGAGCCGUUCUUAGCUUGCUGGAUUCCCGUACGACAGCGUUUUGGUGGCACCCAUCUUUUAUUCCCAAUGCUGGAGCCCACCGAAGCCUAACUCACGUGUAGAUACACAAUAGUAUAUUCUCCUCUUUUAAAACGAAACUCGUGUACCCUCCUCUGGCGGUUUUGGGGUCACUUUUCUGUUAUUUGAUUGGAAAAAAAUUGCUUUUUUCAUUUGGCCAUCAUUUUGCUGCAAUUUCCUUUUGUAGUAAAUGUUUUGUUUUUUUUACUCUUCUAUGCCUUUGACACUUGUUUUGACACAUUUUUUUUCUCCUUUUGGAGACCGAAAAUGUACACGCACGGAACAAAACUGCUCAAUCAUCAUACAUCACUUCAACAACGUCAGACGAGCUCAAAUAGCAACCAAACGUUGUCUUUGGUGACAAUCUAAACACCAACACGCUUCUUUCACCUGGAAUGAAAACGGAAGUGUUUCUAUACAUAUUUUUUUUCCGUUCUUCAGUCAUCAGCCGUAGAACAGUUGUUAGUUUCACCAAAACACCAGUUUGGGACCACUGCGCGGAGACUUUUUGUGUGUGUGGAAUGUGGGGGGGGGGGGGGGCAGGACUUUGAUGCACAUUUUUUGCUUUUAUGGCCACUCCAACGAUGAAAUAAGACCGAGAGGGGGCUUAUGACAGCUAAAUUUCAAAUGUUCAUUUCUUUAGAGAAGAAACGCGCCCUGGGCGACGCGCACUCACUGCCUGACUCAAUCUGAACAGUUGCCUUAACUUGUCCCACUUCCACCGUGAUGUCGUUUCUCUUCCUUGUCAUCACGAUGACAAUCUGACAGUGCUCACCUAAUCUUUAUCUUCAACUGAAAAACUUUGCUGAUCUCAAAAUUUGAAGCGACGCAAUGCUGCCAUCUACUGCGGUGGGUUACAAACCUGAAUUUUACAGACCAUCUGGGCGAGACGCCCCUCCACACCUAGCCCUUGAAAAA